AAUCCCUCCUCUUCCUGAACUGGUGUUACCCGCUGCCGUUUCAUUCACUUCCUGAACUUGGUGUGGUCAGUACGACAAUGUCUCUACAGCAGUAUCAUGCGAUUAUAUUCUUGACAAAAGUGCUUCUUGUGACUAUGACUAGGGGAGACUGCUCUAUAAAAAAUGUUACAUGCAACGAGAUUCAAAACUCAGGUGGAUACAGCUUUCCAAUUGAACUAGGAAACCAAAGCAUUCCUGUGAAUAGGAUUGAAAUAAAGCAAAAGGAGAUUGAAAUUGCCGAGUGGGAAAGAUGGAAAGUGCAACUUUUUUCGUGAAAGAUGUACACAGUUGUGAUAACAAGUCAAUAACAACACGUACAUGCAGCAAUGUCCGUAUGAAAUACAUACACAAGGACGAGAGGGGUCUAAUCUCUGAGAGUUGCCUGAUUUACAUCACUGCAGCCUCGAAUGUUUCCACUGGGCUGAAAUGUUCCACUUUCUAUAAGUGGGCCAACAAUUGCAAUGUGGACAUACUCUUAUGGGUGUCAUUUGGCAUAAUCAUGAUACUGAUAGUACUGAUAGUACUGAUAGUACUGAUAGUACUGAUAGCUUUGGACUUUAUCUUUUGGCGAAGAAAACAAAAAAAGAAAGGGUGUGGUGGCUACAGAUUUGUUGACUAUCUGCACCAACGCAAGAAGCACUGUCCCUGCAAGAAUAAUAAGGGGAAUUCCAAUAGACAAGUGGAUCAAAGUGAUGGUGAAAAUCUCCACAACUACCAACUAGAAAAUUUACUGGAUGGAAAAAGUGAUAACACAGAGUCUAAUGGUGGAAUUGCAGACUUUUGUCACCUUGAUGAGAUGAAGAAUGAUGCCAAAGGUGUACCUCAGGUCAGUGAGGUUUUGCCACAAAAGAACGGAAACAUGGGACACGACCCAGGAGGUGGAAAGGAAGACACAAAACGACACUGUUUUUUCAGCAAUGGAAACUCAACUCUUGAACCCAGUUUCAACUCUGACAUGGACAACGGACGCCUUUCGACUCACAAGCAGGGCAAUGGGAACCCGACUCUUCAACCUAGUUUGAUCUGUGACAUGGACAACAGAUGCCUUUCAACUCACAAGCAAGGAUCUGCUGAAAAAGAGGCAACUGACAAGACAGCAGGAGACAAGUGCCUAACGCUGGUGGACAGCUUAGGCCCGGGCAUCAACAGCAAUGAACCACCUGAUGGGGAUGAAGACGCUCACCAUAAAGCAUGAGCCAUGUUAAAUAAUAAUAUGAUAAAAUAAUAAUAUUCAUACCUAUUUAUAUCACAGCAGGGUACAUUUUCUGGCAACAUUAUUUCAUUACAUUGGCAAAAUCUACUUUUUAAAUCGGUGCACCAUAGGCCCAGCAACUGUACCACUGCUGUUAAUAUUAUAAUAAUACAGAAAAUAUUAUGUAUGUAUAUAUAUAUAAUAUAUAUAAAUUGACUGUAGUUGUGCUUCCAUGAUAGUGCAGUUGGAAUUAGGCCUGUCACAAUAAUUACUAUAUCGACUUGUAGUUCAGUAUAUGAAAGCUGGAAAAAUCUCUUUUGGGGCUCAAUAUUUCUCGUGGGUGUGAUUUUUUUUUGCAAUAUAGGAAGAAUCUAUGUCAUUUUUUAAGUAAUACAAUAAGAUUUCUUCUUUGGGUAAUUAUAAUUUCUGCUAUGUAGUUGUAGCUCAUGUCUUUUAAUGAUACAGUAUAUUUGAAAUGAUUCACUGGCAUUAUCUUGCAUUAUUUUUAUUGUCUCAGGGGCAUUAAGUAGUUUCAAUAUUAUUGUUUAUCGCAGUAUAUUUCUGUAGCAAUAUAUUGUGCUUCAAAAUUCAUUACUGUGACAGGCCUAAGUGGAAUUCGUGGAAAUCUUAAGUAUGCUGUAAUUUCAAGGCAAACUUAAAUCUGAAUGCUGUUUCAAGCACUAACAAAGAAACCUAUGCAUUAACUAACUGAAUACACACUAAGGUAUACAACGCUACAAAAUAAUAUCAAAGACAAUGCAUGGAAACACAAUUAUAGUUUAUAUUCUACAAUUAUUAUAUCUUACAAUGGGUUAUACUUUGUGUAAAAUAUAGCCACAUUUAAAAAUAGUGUAAGAAAUCAUAAUAGAUAAUGCUGCUUUUGUGGUAUUCUACAUUUUCUCUAGUGCAAUGUUAUGUACUUACAACUCUUAUAUCUUUUAUAUCUUACUUGCUGUAUAUAUUGCUGUUGCCACUAGAGGGCAGGAAACAUUCUUCUAUUCUUUAUACUUUUUGUUUUCAUCUUAUUGUAUGGACCAAACGCUAAUCAUAGUCUGCUCUGAUCACGCAUGCUCUUAAAUAUUUAGUGUGUAAUUUUAAAUAGUAUAAAAGCAGAUUCAUCAAAAAAAAAAAAAAAAAAAAUCUGUUAUUUCUGCAUUAAUAAAUGUAAAAUGUGAUCAUUUCCCAAUCACUGUGUUCAUUCAAACUACUAGAGAUAGUGUAAAACUACUGAUUGUGUUUAACCAAAUAAAAUGUUAUAUCCUA